AUGAGUAAUAUGGAUAGAGAAAAACGAGUGGUAUCGUUUUUUAUUUGGGAUCCUGAAUUAGAGCGUAAAAUUGAUUGUGAAGUGAAAAUGAUUGAUGGAAUCAGUAAAUUACUUCAUGUAGCAACGACAGUUGAACAAACAAUUGAAUGCAAUAAAGCACUUGUUCUAUCGCAACAACGAAUGUUAGCUUUUAUGGCUGAAAUACGACGAAAACAGCAGAACUUACUAAAACGUGAUGAUACAAAUCUACAGCCAAUAAAAGCAACUGUGAUUUUAUCAGAUAUACGUUUCCCAUUAGUAUGGACUAAGAUGAAAAAAGCAAAAUCAGCCCAAAAGAAAUUUGCUGUUUUCUGUUUGGCACGUAUUGGCUGUGAAAUAAUUGAUACACAAAUGAAAUUCAUUGAUAAACAAUCAACUGACAUACUAUUUACCGAUAAAUUGACAUUUGAAAAUGUUCCUCAUGAUUUUCAACUAGAUCUCGAAAUUUAUGCAUUAAAUAAAAGUCUGGCUGUAUCAACAGACGCAAAAGAUUUCGCUGAAAGAUAUAGUUAUUUUUCAACUCAUGGAUCACCAAAAGUAAAACGAAAAGCUCAACAAAAUGAAACAAGUCAUCAAAAAGCAUCUAAUCAACCGCAAUCAAAAUUUGUUUUAAUUGCUCGAGCAACUUAUAAUAAAGAAUCUGUUAAUCGAAUGGCAAAAGUUCGUACAUUAGUAAUGGAACGUCCACAAGAAAAAGCAAUAAUGCAAUUACCUAUCGAAGAUUCAUUUAUUUCACGUUUUCUUAUUCAACCUUUAUGCUAUACACCAUCGGCAAAAUUUACUGGUAUUGUUGAAAUUAAUCGUAUUCGAUAUUCUUGUAUAUUGAAUGGAGGAUUCUUGCAUGGCGAAGAAAUUGUGCGUAAUAGCAAUUCAAAUCCACGUACUUUUUCUAUACCGAUCACAACAGAUACUAUAAUUCUAUCGCGCAAUGAUUAUUUAUCGUUUUCAAUUUUUAAUCGUGGUUUUAAUCAAGAAGAUUUUUCUGUUCAAGAUUUAUUUACGUUAAAUAUUUGGAUACGAGCAUUACAACAACAUAUUGUUGAUAUUCGUGCUUGGGCUCAAACUGCUGAACAUUUACCAUCUAUACGCCGAUAUUCUUAUCAACCAUUAGCAACAUCAACGAGUUCAGUAAAUUUAACAAGAAAACCGACAUCAAGAACACAAACUCGAUCGCUUGAAAAUAUUUAUCAAACGAGUAUUGAUUCUAAAUCUAUCCUCACUAAUCGAUUUAAUCCAUCGCAUACUCUAAGUCAUACAAUUGCUCAUCAUACGACAACUGAUGAUGAAGAAGAUGAUGGUGAUGAUGGUGACACUGUAUCAAUAACUCAUACACGAUUUUAA